AUGCUCUUCAUUACAGAAACAUGGCUUCUCUCUCCCUCACAUCUUCCCACAUCAUGGUCACAAAUUCACUUGUAUGGUUCUCCUGUAGCUGGCACCUAUAGGGGCUCUAUGGGUGUUUCUGUUCUCAUAUCACCUCACUGUCCUUAUGCCGUCCCUCAAAUACCUAUGCCCUCCAAAUAUGCUCUGGCUGUCAAAAUUGGUUCACUCAGAAUUGUAUGCUUAUAUCUUCCACCAACUAUGCCCACUCAUGAUGUCCUACAUGUACUCUCUUCCAUUCCUUUAACACAUGAUACCAUUCUUUGUGGUGACUUCAAUGCAAGACUUGGCUCUGUUACUGGUGACUAUGCAUCAAAUUCUCGUGGACUGGCACUAUCACUGGAAAAAUAG